AUGGAGGGCGCGAACAACACGACAGCCUGGCCUCAGUUUGACAACUUUUCCAACAAAACCCCCGAACCUGAAGACGAGGAGGUGAAGCUGAGUUAUCAGAUCCUCACGUCUUUCCUACUCGGCGCGCUCAUCCUGUGCGCAAUAUUUGGGAACGCGUGCGUGGUCGCGGCCAUCGCCUUGGAGCGAUCUCUCCAGAAUGUGGCCAACUACCUGAUCGGUUCUCUGGCCGUCACCGACCUGAUGGUGUCGGUGCUGGUGCUGCCCAUGGCGGCGCUUUACCAGGUGUUAAACCGCUGGACUCUCGGGCAGAUUCCGUGCGACAUCUUCAUCUCUCUGGAUGUGUUGUGCUGCACGUCGUCCAUCCUGCACCUGUGCGCCAUCGCUCUGGACAGGUACUGGGCCAUCACCGAGCCCAUAGAGUACAUGAAGAAGAGGACGCCGAGGAGAGCCGCGGUCCUCAUCAGCGUCACCUGGCUGGUCGGGUUCUCCAUCUCGGUGCCGCCCAUGUUGAUCAUGCGCUCCCAGCCCAGCAGCAUGGCAGAGGACCGGGCGAACCCAAAGCAGUGUCAGAUCCGGCAAGACCCCUGGUACACAAUAUACUCAACUUUUGGGGCUUUUUACAUCCCGCUCACGCUCAUGCUGGUUUUAUACGGGCGGAUAUUUAAAGCAGCCAGGUUUCGGAUCAGGAGGACAGUGCGUAAAACGGAGAAAAAGAAAGUGUCCGACUCUUGUUUGGCGCUGUCUCCCGCUUUGUUCCACAAAAAGACUCCCGGGGACGCGCAGGGCAAGAGCUGGAAACGGAGCGUGGAGCCCCGGCCGCUGCCGAGCGUCAACGGCGCAGUGAAGCACGCGGAGGACGGCGAGUCUCUGGAGAUCAUCGAAGUCCACAGCAACUCCAAAGGCAACCUGCCGUUGCCCAACACCCCGAGCUCCGUGCCGCUGUUCGAGAGCAGGCACGAGAAGGCGACGGAGGCGAAGAGGAAGAUCGCGCUGGCUCGGGAGCGCAAAACGGUGAAGACUCUGGGCAUCAUCAUGGGCACCUUCAUCCUUUGCUGGCUGCCCUUUUUCAUCGUCGCCCUGGUGAUGCCCUUCUGCCAGGACUCGUGCUACAUGCCCCCCUGGCUGGUGGAUGUGAUAAACUGGCUGGGCUACUCCAACUCUUUACUCAACCCCAUCAUCUACGCGUACUUCAACAAAGACUUUCAGAGCGCGUUCAAGAAAAUAAUCAAGUGUCAUUUCUGCAGACCGUGAUGGUGGAAGAGAGAACAGCCCGUUAAAAACCGACAGCCUAUAAAAAGCAGAACACAGAGAGUAUUCUGUCGAUCAUCAUCAUCAGUACUGAAAUCUCCCCACAGAAGUCUGUAGCCUAUGCAUAGGUAAAGCUCCAUGUUCCUCAUCCUGUUCUGUAAUGUUCAAUAAAGAAAUACUCAGAACUUUUUUUUUUCCAGAAGUCGUGAUUUUAAAAUGUAUGUGCAGAUUUUUUAAAACCUUUAAAUUAUUUGG